GAACACUUCCCGAUGGCUGGGGAUGCUAUCGCCAGCCACUAAAUGCCGUCCUUCUUGUUCCAACAGCCAGUGAGGACUGCCAACAGAGUGCGUUUAGUGUUUAGCAAUAUCCCUACUCUGACGACAGUUACACGUCCGGCACGUACGCGAGCUCCUCUGUUCCUUCCUCAACCGGUCUUCAAUUCCCACUAAACGGGACGGUGUCCUUGUUCAUGAGCAGUUAACGUUGGUUUGAAGCUGUUAGUCUGGCGCGGAGUAAAGCUCGCUGAUUUUUAACAGCGGCAUCAUGAGUGGAUGUGAGGGUGAUCUGAGCGACAAGCAGCAGCUGGCGCUCGGAGAGUUAAAGCACCGCCUCUCUGAUAUCUGGAAGGAGGAGUUCACGGACAGGCUUCUGCUUCGUUUCCUGAGAGCUCGAGAUUUCGAUGUGGGCAAGGCUGAAGAAAUGCUGAGGGAAUGCCUAAUAUGGAGACAACAAAACAACGUAGACUCCCUCAUCGAGACGUAUGAGUGUCCAGAAGUAUUGAGGCGCUACUUCCCAGGGGGUCUGUGCAACCAUGAUCGGGAUGGCAGGCCUUUGUAUAUCAUGCGCUUUGGCAACGGGGAUUUUACAGGAAUCGCCCAGUGCGUGUCCAUGGACGCGAUAGUGAAGCAUGCCACGUACCACCUAGAAAUGCUGAUGGCAGACAUGAAGAUGCAGACCGAGAAGGUAAGAAGAGUCGUGGAGACCGUUACUGUCGUAUUUGAUUACGACAACUUCCAGCUCAAGCAAGUCUACUGUUGGCAAUUAAUAGAACUUCUCCGACACCUGACGGCGCUUUACGAGAAAUACUAUCCGGAGAUACUUGAGCGAUGUUUGAUCAUCAAUGCUCCCGGCUUCUUCCCUAUAUUCUGGAAACUUCUGCAGCCAUUUCUCGCGGAAAAUACAAAGAACAAGGUAGAAAUAUUUUUACGCGAGAACUGGCAGCCGGUGAUGCUCAAGUAUGUGGAUCCGUCGCAGUUACCCGCCCACUGGGGAGGCGAUUUGGUGGGACCUAACGGAGAUAAAGAGUGCACCUACCUGGUAGGACGAGGAGGCGAGGUACCUUCGGAACUGUACCUGAGAAACAGUCCAAGAGUGUCCGCUGAUCCUGAGGCCACCACAUGCUUCCUGGGGCAGGGAAAGAAGAUGGAAGUUCCCGUGAGGGUGGAACGGGCCGGCACCAGGCUGCAGUGGAGGUUCCAGACCGAUCCCGGCCACGAUUUGGGCUUCGGAAUCGCAUAUGUCUCUGCGGAAAGCGGAAUUUCCAAGGAGCUGUUGCCACUCAGCAGGGUGAAGUGUGACCAGGUCACUGAGAGUGGAGAAGUUUGCUGCCCUGAGCCUGGAACAUAUAUAUUCACAUUUGACAACAGCUACAGCUGGUUCACUAAGAAGCAGUUGUCCUACGUCCUUCAUUUGAAACACCCCGAAGAUACCUCAAACCUCGGACACGGAUGAUGAUAUUGUUGAAUUUAGCCACCCUUUGUGUAGAACUCAAAGAGCAAUAAAAACUUGAUGGCCCAGCAAUCAAAAU